GCCUCCUCAUCAGCUGUCCGUGGUGUCAUGGCCUCGAGACGGUCAUCCGACAAAGGUCGACAGCGACACAGCGAGCACCUCAACCAUCGUCCGCAGCACCUCCUUCAGCCGGAAGAACCGGAAGAGCAACGUCCUCAUAGCGCGCAACCAGUUUCUUAUCAGCACGACCUUGUCGAAGAAGAGUCGCAGUUCUGGCACGCAGCCGACGAGCACCUGGACCGACGUCACCUGUUGCACCGUUCCCCGUCGGAUCCCAUCGAACGCGAUCGCGUCAGGGAGACGCCGAUGAGCCGACGCCUCUCGACGCACCAUCAACAUCAACAGCACCAUCAACAUCAGCAGCCACAUCAUCAUCGCACGACGAGUACGCAACACGAUCACCACAUCGCCACGUCAUCGCAAACGGCCUCUAAUCAUUUCCAUUCAGGCAAUCAUCGAUCUCAUAGGCACGAGUCGUCCGAAUCUCAGCCUGAAUCACCGCUGGAUCAUCGCACCGUACUAAGUAGACAAACGCAGCAGACGGCGCACCAGCCUCCGCCUCAUUCUCAGCCAUCUGCUCACCAUUCUACGCAUUCGAUCAGCCACGGCACUCAGACUCGACCUGCUUCACCAGUGCCUCUGCACUUCAGCGAUUUGGGACUUUGCUUGUCCGCUGCUCAGAUCUAUCCGCUCAUAGUAUCAGAUUUACAAGGUGGGUGGUAG